AUGAUUUUCAACAAGUUGUUUAAAAAAAAAGUCGAGUUGGAAGUGGAUGUAUACUUUAUAAAGAACGACCAAUGCACCCCUUUCAUGCUUGACUCGAAGUUACACAUUAACUGUAGUGGCAUUCGCAUUGGUAGUGGGUGGGGAGGGGAUGAUCAAGUAAUCAUACAAAACAGUUCUAAGAAGCUCCUACUUAACGAAGACUCGAUACACGAUUUUAGGUACCAUGAAAUAGACAUGUGCCAAUUUAAGUAUUUGCAAAAUGGAUUGAUAGAAGAAUAUGGAUUAAUAUUUUCCAAGAUACAACACAUGUACUACUUUUAUAAGUACAUCAUGCUGUCAUACUUGAAGGGUAAUAUAAUUUCAUGCAGAAGGGUAAAUCUAUAUAGAUACACGGAACCUGUGAAGGUACUUUACAAAAAGGAUCACUAUGGCCUCGUAGCAUUCAACACGAACAAAUGUGAACAUUUGUUAAUCAUUCUCAAACCGGAGAAGUCCCUCGGAGCGGAAAACUCCAACCCCUCUCCGCUCGAAGGAACACUGCAUGAGGCGACACCGAUUGUUGUACCGAGUGUUGUACCGAGUGCUGUACCGAGUGCUGUACCGAGUGCUGUACCGAGUGUUAUACCAAGCGUUGCAGAAAUAACGUCCGAAAUGCCUGCAAAAGACGACACAAGAAAUGAGGAAGAACUGGCUCGGUUGGAUGCGCAGUGUGAGGAUCUAUACGAAGAAUUCACCAUGGAAAAUGUUAGAGAAUUGUACAAAAGGAACAGAGUAUUUCUAAUAUACAUCUUAAACUCCUUCAAGGGCAUUUACUUAAGUAGCGAAUCCGUAGGGAUUCACGUGCAUAGGUACCUUUUCAACAAUCUCUUCAAGUUGAUUGAGUAUAAAACUCUGUACGCAGAUGGAGACAAGUAUAAGGAAUAUUUCAAAAUAGAAGAAAGGAAAAAACUGUCUAUAGGAAAAGCAUUGGUAUCAGAGGUGGAAGUAGUAAGAGAACAAUUAUCCAAAGGGGGGAAGGAAGAAAAGAGGACUAAAGGAAAUAUUCAUCUUAUUCAUAAGAGUUUGAAUGAAGAAAAAAAAAUGAUUCAAUUUGAAGAUGAUGAAUUGGCGCGUUUAGACAAGUGCGUGGAGAUAGAAAUUAAUAAGAUCAAUCAAGGGAGAGAACACAUUGUUGAAAAGAAGGAUUUUGAGGAGGAGACUGAUCGAUAUGGUUGCAACGAGAGGGAAAAUGAACUCUUCAUGCAUCUACACUGGUUGAAUGAAAAAAUUUUCUUCAUUUUAGAAUCAGAAGAUAUCAUGAUAAACCAAAUAAGAGAAAUACUUAUAUAUAGACACGAUUUCCAAAAUGACAUUGUCCAUAUCAAGAAGGAUUUCAUGGAUUCUAGCACGUGGGAUGAUCAAGAGGGAGAAGAUGCUGAGAAGAAUAAGGGAGGAUUUGUUUUGCUCUCCUCCGAUUCGGAUUCAUCAAAUUCGUCAUAUGUAAGAGAUGGGAUGAGAGAAACUGGAAAAGUAGGAAGACGGAGAAAGGGAAGAGACAGUAGCAACUGUCGAGAUAGUGGAACCGAUGGGGAUAGCGAUCCCAGUAGUGACAAGCAUAGUCGGGCCAUUCCUCGGAUGAAAAACAAAUUUGUAAACACGAAUGGGAAAUUGUCCUUCGUGCUGAGGCAGAAUUAUAUACCUCUUAAAAGGACGGGGGUCAUGGCACUGAAGGAAAAGAGAGAAUUUGUGGAAAAGGAGGAAAUUAAUUACGAUGACAUAAAGAAUGAGCUAAAUAUAUACACAUUUGAUGAAUAUGGAAAAGAGAAGAUGAUGUACAAUUCAAAUAAGAAGAUAUUUAAAUAUAAAAAUGAGAAAUGUGUACCAAAAAAUAUACAUAUGAAUGAUGAGGAAGGAAAUAAAAUACUUUUUCUAGAUGAAAAAAAUGAUAAUAAUUUAUUUAUGCUUGAUGCCAAUAGAGAAAAAAUUAUAAACAAGUGGGAUACAGAAUAUGUACCAAUAAGUGAAAUGAUAAAGAAGGAAGAAAAUGUAUACUGUGGAUAUAAUCAGAAUAGUUUAUAUUUUAUUGAUACACGAAUGAAAUCGUGUGUUCAGAAUUUAUUGCAGUAUAGCAAAAAUACAGCUGAUAUUGAACAUGCAAGUAUGGACGAGAAAGGAAGAAUAAUUUUGAUAAAUACUAGAGGAGAAUUAAAAUAUUACGAUGGAAAAAUAAAUAAAAAUGAUGUGAUUAAAAAAAGUAAAAACGUAAUUUUCUGUACUAAUGAUAUCGUCCAUUUGUGUGCAUCAUCAGAUGGCCUCUAUUCAAUUGUUACAUGCGAAAAAAGUGUAAUAAUAUGUGAAAAUGCCAUUGAUAAUUGUAGUCUUUUUGAAAGAGUCAUCAAAAAAGAGGAUCGAAUAAAACAAAAAAAAAUUCUCCUACAAAUUCACUACAUUGAUGUUUUUACUUACAAUCUCGGAGAUUACAAAUUUGAAAAAAGUUCUGUUAGUGCUGAUAAUUCUCUUAUAUUCACUUUGUCCAAAAAAUUUUAUGUAGUGUGGAAUUUUAACCAGGUCAUAAAUGGAAAAGUAUCUUAUGUCAUCAAAAAAGUUGUCGAAAAUAUAUCAGAUAUGUCCUACUUCAAAUUCAGUGACGUGCAAGGUCUUCUCGUCGCCACAGAAAAUUCUCUCAAAUCAAAGAAGAUCAAGCGGGUGUAG